CAAUGUCCCGCAGAUGCUGGCCCCUAAAGAAGCCUUACUAACCUGAUGCGGGUGAUCUACAAUGCACAGAAGUCCUGAAGUAAAGUUAGAUGAGACUUUAACUCCAGUAUGGUGCACAUGAGGAGGCUCCUGCGAGUGAAGGGAGAUGUUCUGUGCAGUAUGCUGCUCCUGCUGCUCUUCUGUCUGCUGUUUUAUGCCCGGCAGGUGAUAUUGUCCUCUGGAUGGGACAGACCCCUCUUGAAACUGGAGAUGAACAGCUCUACCAGCUCCAGUCGCACUCUUCUGGGCACUAAUGGAUCCAAACCUGCUUUGAAACUCACAGAUCCAAAGCUGGACACUCAUAAGCCUCAGACCAAGACCAAAACUCCUCAGGCAAAGUCCAAAAUCCAGGUCAAAGCCAAGGGGAAAUCCAAGUCGAGACGCAAGAAUGCAGCCAAACCAACCAGGCCUGCUCUGGCCACUCUGCCCCCAUUCGAUUUUGAGGGCUACUUGAAAGCAAAGGACAACCGAAACUUCAGCCUCCUUAUUGACCAACCUGACAAAUGCUACAUUGAUGGUCAAAUUGCUCCAUACUUGCUCAUUGCAGUCAAAUCUGUUGCAGCUGAUUUUGAUAAGCGCCAGGUUGUACGUCGGACCUGGGGGAGAGAAGGGAGCUUCCCAAAUGGGGUAACCAUACGUACAGUGUUCCUGCUGGGUGUCCCUAGGAACCAGAGCGCUCUGCCCUUAUGGGACAGGCUUCUGGAGUAUGAGAGCCAAAGCUUUAAGGACAUACUGCUGUGGGACUUUGAGGACACCUUUUUUAACUUGACACUGAAGGAAACGCACUUUUUGACGUGGGUCAACAGCAGCUGUGCACACAUCAAGUUCAUCUUCAAGGGUGAUGCUGACGUCUUUGUAAAUAUUGAGAACAUUCUGGAGUUGCUGGCGGGUCAGGAACCAGAGGAGGACCUGUUUGUUGGCGAUAUUAUUGUGAAGGCCAGACCCAUCCGUCGGCGCAGUUCAAAGUACUUUGUGCCAGAGUUUGUGUAUGGAGGCAGUCUAUACCCAUCUUAUGCUGGAGGAGGAGGAUUCGUAAUGUCUGGGUAUACAGCCCGGAGACUUAGCUCAGCAUGUCAACAGGUGGAGUUGUUUCCCAUCGACGACGUCUUUUUGGGAAUGUGUCUUCAGCAGAUUGGACUCAAACCCUUGCGGCACCAGGGCUUCCGGACAUUUGGGAUACCACGCCCCUCUGCUGCGCCUCAUCUCCAAACAUUUGAUCCGUGUUUUUACCGUGAGCUGAUGGUGGUCCACAGCCUCAGUGUCCCACAGAUAUGGCUGAUGUGGAACCUGCUGCAUGACCCUAAAGUGAGCUGCCACAACAGAGCACGGGUCACCUCCAAACCCUUCUCAUGGAAGUUUGACAACAGGCUCGAAACAAAGGGCCAAAGCACAGCAGACACAGACUACAGGGAUACACAGGUGUUUUUAACGUACUAAUGUCAUACAUGAGAUAAAGUGGCAGUGGUUCUCAAGCCUAGGCCUGUCACGAUAAUUACUAUAUUGACUCAUCGAUCAAUACAUAAAAGAUGGAACAAUAAU